AUGGAAGACGACGACGACGCGCGGUCUUUCCAGCCGUCGUCGCCGUCGUCGGCGAGCCCCGGCGGCGCCGACGCCGCCCGAUCCGCGUCCUGGCCCCCCCCGACGGCGUCCCCCCCGGCGGGGAGCCUCCCGGCGGCGACCACAGCAGCCCUGAUCAAGGCCGCCGGCGCGUCCUCCGGCGGCAACGGGGGCAGCGCCGGCGCCGGCGGCGGCGGCGGGAGGGAGGACUGCUGGAGCGAGGGGGCUACGGCGGUGCUGAUCGAGGCGUGGGGGGAGAGAUUCGUGGAGCUGAGCAGGGGGAACCUGAGGCAGCACCACUGGCAGGUGGUGGCGGAGAUCGUCAGCGCCCGCGACGACUACGGCAAGCCCCCGAAGUCCGACGUCCAGUGCAAGAACAGGGUGGACACCUUGAAGAAGAAGUACAAGCUCGAGAAGGCCCGCGCCGCCUCCGGUGGGGGGCCCUCCAAGUGGCCCUUCUUCGGCCGCCUCGACCGGCUCGUCGGCUCCAAGCCUCCUUCCCCCUCCUCCUCCUCGCUGGCGGCGGCGCUGCCUGCUUCCAAGGCCAAGCCAGGGAACCAUCUCCGAGCCCCCCACCUUCCGGUGGCCGUUCCCGUCGGCCCCCGGUCCUUCCACCACUUCCAGAAGAGGAAGGCCCGGCUGCCCAACCCGAGGACCGCUCCCAUCGCCGUCGCGGCGGCGGCUGCGGCGGCGGCAGCGGCUGCGGCGGCGUCGCCGGACUCGUCGGAGAGCCCUCCCCCGAAGCUGUCGGCGGCAGCGCGGAAGAAGGCGAGAGCCGCGUGGAGGGAGCCGCCGCCGCCGCCGGUUAUGCCGGUGGGGAGGAAGAUGAUCCAGGAAUGGGGGGAGGGUCUGCGGGAGCUCACCGAGGCCAUCCUCAUGUUCGGCGAGGUCUACGAGCGGGUGGAGAGCUCGAAGCUGCAGCAGGUGGUGGAGAUGGAGAAGCAGCGCAUGGGUUUCGCCAAGGAGCUCGAGCUGCAGCGGAUGCAGUUCUUCAUGAAGACCCAGAUGGAGCUCACCCAGCUCAAGCGCAACGUCCAGCCCACCGCCGCCGACGCCGACGCCACCGCCGCCACCCACAGUAACAGCGACAACUCAGAUUAG